AUGUCGGGUUUAAACAGAACCCUCAUCCUCCGGACAGCUCGGACUCCGCGCGUUGGUUCAUCGUGUUCCUCACUCUCAUCCCGGUCAUCUUCAUGUCAGAACUCCGGUGCCAGUUCCAGGAUUUACUGUGCCUGCCUGUUGCUGCUGCUGCUCACAACGCCUCGAGUGGACUCAUCGUGGUGGUAUAUUGGUGCUCUGGGAGCCCGUGUAAUCUGUGACAACAUCCCAGGUCUGGUGAACAAACAAAGGCAACUCUGCCAGCGCCAUCCUGACAUCAUGCAGGCCAUUGGCGAGGGCACCAAGGAGUGGAUCAGAGAGUGUCAGCACCAGUUCAGACACCAUCGAUGGAACUGCAGCACACUGGACCGUGACCACACCGUUUUUGGACGCGUGUUGCUCAGAAGCAGUCGAGAAGCAGCCUUCGUCUACGCCAUCUCCUCAGCAGGAGUUGUGUAUGCUCUGACUCGUGCCUGCAGCCAGGGGGACCUGAGAACCUGUAACUGUGAUCCUCAUAAGCGAGGACGAGCUAGAGAUGAAAGAGGCGAGUUCGACUGGGGCGGCUGCAGCGAUAACAUCAACUAUGGGAUCAAGUUUGCCAAAGCCUUCAUAGAUGCCAAAGAGAGGACAGUUCGUGAUGCCCGGGCACUCAUGAACUUACACAACAACCGCUGUGGCAGAACAGCAGUGAAGCGCUUCAUGAAGCUGGAGUGUAAAUGCCACGGUGUGAGCGGCUCUUGCACACUGCGGACAUGCUGGAUGGCCAUGUCAGACUUCAGGAAGACAGGUGACUUCCUGAGGAGGAAAUACAACGGGGCCAUUGAGGUGACCAUGAAUCAGGAUGGGACAGGUUUCACUGUAGCCAACAAAGCCUUCAGGAAGGCCACUAAAAAUGACCUGGUCUACUUUGAGAACUCUCCGGAUUACUGCAUGCAAGACAAAACAGUAGGCUCCCUAGGCACAGCGGGGCGGGUCUGCAAUAAGACGUCUCGUGGCACAGAUGGCUGCGAGGUCAUGUGCUGUGGGCGUGGCUAUGACACGACCAGAAUCAAGCAAAUCACCAAGUGCGAGUGCAAGUUCAAAUGGUGCUGUGCAGUGGAGUGCAAAGACUGCGAGGAAGCUGUGGACGUACAUACAUGCAAGGCCCCCAAACGAGCAGAGUGGUUAGAUCAGACCUGA